UAUCACUCUCAUUAUUUUGUUGCAAAUAAUUGAACAUGAAAUUCCUUCAUCGAAUCAUAUUUCGCAAUAAAAUUUAUACCAGCAUCUAUUCACUGUCACGAAACUAUCGGUAAAAAGUACGAAGACGAACCUGGUUUUUCAUUUUUGUACGUUCCCAGUUCUGGCCUUCAUGACUUCAUCGAAGUUGGCGAUGCGUUGGGGCAGGAAUUGGUUACUGGCAAUAUGUUGGGGAAAUGAUAAUGUACAACAUUGAAAAUAUUAGAGGACUAAAAAAUACAAAUUAUUCGAUUCGACAACAAUUUUCGUCAUAUCUCGGUGCUCGGAGUUAGCUGUCGAGUAAUUCACAGUUCACAACACUUCCUCUUGGAGCCUAACGCGAUCAAAUGUCGGUCAAAUCAAAUCAUGCAGUUUUGCCACCUCAAAAUGGCAAUUCUGACGCGUCUGUUGAACUUGAUGAUAAUGACAUUAUGUCCUCGACCGAGAUGAGAGUGACUGCGGGCAAUAUUAUUAUCAAUGAUUUCCCUGAAGUCGAGAUUGAAGAUGCCAAUGGUGUUGAAAUUACUCGUGGCUCACUUAAUCCUACAACAGUUGCUCUUUUGCAUUGUAAAAAACAGAUCAUAAUACCUUUUUAUAAAUUACUUGGAAUUAUUGCUUGGCGUCCUUAUGGAGGAAUGAGUCCUCAACAGAAUGCAUUCCUUUUGAAAUGUGUAAACACAAUAUACCCUGUUAUGAUCAUAUCGUUGCUGUUGUUCAGUUACGUUGCCAGUGCCGUUGCCUGUCGAGGAGAAAUCAAGAAAUCAUCAAUGAACAGCACAAUUCCUGCUUCGAAGAGUCCUGUUCACUUUGCGUCUUCCAACAUGACAAAUCUAAACAGGUCAAAACAAAUAGUUAAGGAGAGUGAUGACGAUGAGUAUGAUGAGCCUUGGGAACCAGCAUAUAAAGAAUGUAGACAUGUUUUUGGCACCUUUGUGCUACCCAGUUUGCUUCAUCUGACUGCUUACCUAAUCGGAUUUUACUUGUAUCGAAUACGACAACACGAAGGAUUGUACUUUCUAAUGGAAAAGGUUUUCCUACAAAGUUCGAAGCAGAAACAUGUUGAGGUUACAUUGUCGUCAUGGUGUUUUCUCAUCCUCGGUAUGGUUUGGUUGGUUCUCGAAAUGGGCAUUUUUGUUUUCUUCAUACUCGCUUUUGGACCUGAAACGGUGACGGGAUUUCGACACAACAGAUUGCGACUAACAUUGGCAGCUUUACUAAUGUGUGCUGGUCAACUUGUCUCGGAAUUGGUUAACGUUGUAAUCAUCGUAAAUUAUGCAGCUCAGUGUCAACUUAUUAUUCAUUAUAUAAGAGGUGUAACACGAAGAAUCGAAGAGAAAUCCGCCGAUCUUCAGAGUAUCAUGAAAGACAUACUUGAGAUCAAAAAUGCAGUUGAAAGAAUGAAUUCUUUGCUAUCUUUUAUGGUCUCUUUGUGUGUAUUUACGCUCUUGGAAAACUGUUUAAUAAAUUCUAUUUACCUAUUUGUCGAUGAGGACAAACAUUCCGUGGAAGUUAUACUGUACAGAACAAUCGAUGUGAUUGUCAAAUCUCUUGCAAUAUUUUUCCCUGUCAUUCAGGCCGCCAGAGUAACGGGUAUUGCGUCACAAUUCAAGCAAAUUUCGUUGGAUGUUCGAGUUUUUGGCCACCAAACUAGUUCACAACUGGAGCUUGACUCCUUCCUGAAUUUUGUUCAAAGUGCUCAUUUAAAGGCCUACUUGUUUCUUACUCCAGUUCGAGGCAGUCUACUGUGUGGUUUGACGAUGAUUCUUGUUAUAACUAUUCUAUUUCUUAUGCAUACAGGUCAAAUUGCAACACAAACUAAGUUUUUUUAGAUGCAAACAAAGUCCAAUGAAAAUUUUCACAUGAUCAUUUUUUCGUUGUGUGCACAGAAAAUGAAGUAUUGAUAAAUUAGGUAUUUUUGUUGCAUAUAAAUGAGUGUAAAUAAAUUCUUUGUUGAUCAAAAUAUUAAUUUAAAAUUAGAACGUUUAUUUGUUGGUAGUUUUUAUUUUAGUUUGUUAGUUUGUUCAUUGGAAUUCAAAAAGAGUUAAAAGAUA